GAAUCUGAUGAAUUUGUUGAGAAUACUAGGAAUAGGAUGAGGUUGAUCCUCAUCCUCCUAAGUCCUACCCGCCGGCAAUUUACAUCUCUAGCUCCCACCUACAAUGGCUUCCCUUUCAUCUCUCACAAAACCCAUGCCAGAAACCUCAAUCUUCCUUCAAAAUUUGAACAAUCAACCCUCAAUUUUCCCCAACAAUCUUUCGGUUUCAAGGUUAGGGCAUCGCCCUUUCAGCUUCGGAUCAUUUGGUAAACCGUUGACUCGAUUUCCUGUUGCCCUACAUUCCAAUCAAACUUCUCCUGAGCCACAAACUACUCAAACAUCUGAAGUAACUCUCCUGUCUUGCUCUGAGGCCAUUGAGAGGCUAAGAGCAAGCAGAGAGAGUUACCCAAGCCAGCAGCAAUAUCUAGCUAUGUACUCGAGCAUUUUUGGAGGAAUUGUAACCGAUACAGCUGCCAUGGUGAUCCCGAUGGACGAUCACAUUGUGCAUAGAGGGCAUGGAGUUUUCGAUACAGCUGCAAUCGUGAAUGGGUACCUUUAUGAGUUGGACCAACAUGUCGAACGUUUCCUGGGAUCUGCAGCCAUGGCCAAAAUAAAACCUCCGUUUGAUAAAGAAAGCAUUAGAAAGAUACUAAUACAGACGGUGAGUGCUUCCAAGUGCAAAACCGGUUCGCUAAGAUACUGGCUCUCGACUGGACCAGGUGACUUUCAACUAUCUCCAUCACAUUGCCAUCAAUCCGCUCUCUAUGCCAUUGUAAUCCAAGAUCAAUCACCGCCCGAUUACCAUGGCGUUAAAGUAAUAACCUCAUCCAUCCCGAUAAAACCCCCACAGUUUGCAGUUAUGAAGAGCGUGAACUAUCUCCCCAACGCACUUUCAAAGAUGGAAGCAGAAGAGAACGGUGCAUAUGCAGCGAUAUGGUUGGAUGGCGACGGGUUUGUUGCUGAAGGACCUAACAUGAAUGUGGCUUUUGUUACCAAGGAAAAGGAGCUCCUGAUGCCUCGUUUCGACAGAAUUCUGAGCGGAUGUACAGCGAAACGAGUUUUAGAACUCGCUCAAGGUUUGGUGAAACAGGGGAAAUUACGGUCCAUAAGAGUCGAGGAUGUGCGUGUUGAUGAGGGAAAGAGAGCAGAGGAGAUGAUGCUAAUUGGCAGCGGAGUUCUGGUCCGCCCAGUUCUGCAGUGGGAUGAUCAGCUCAUAGGUGACGGCAAAGAAGGGCAUGUGAGUGGGGCGUUGCUGAAUCUCAUAUUGGAAGACAUGAAGUCCGGUCCAGCCACCGUACGAGUUCCUGUUCCAUAUUAGAUGAUUUUCUCCGUGUAUGGCCUUGGACUUGGCAAAUUAUUUGUCCACAAAAUGCUACGUGGACUAU